CCUCCUCCCAUUAGCCAGAGGAAGGGAGGGUUGAGGGCUGCUCUCGUUAAAAUGAAACCAGCCAACAGGAAUGAUCUUCCUUCUCCUGAAAUCCCUUCUCAUCUAUUUCGUAGUCUUCUGCUGGUGGAAAUCUCUCUGGGGAUCUUGUUUGUGUCUCUGCCUCAGCCCCUCCUAUGAAACCCUCCCCAUUGUUUUGAUUUAUUAAUCAAAAGCUGCACAAUACUUUUUAUUUUUAUUAAAAAGUCUCCCUUCUCUCCCCCCCCAUACCCUUUAUGUAUGCAAAUCUUCUAAUACCAGGAAGUAAACUGAAAACUCUCAGCCAACCCACUGAAAACAACCGAAGUUCCUUUUCUGCAGUGCACAGGGGUGGCCUCAGGCAGACUCUAGGCUUGGCUUCUCCGGAGUGUGUGUGUGUCUCUCUCUCUCUCUCUCUCUCCCAGCUGUAAAAUCCUGUGGUCGUCAAAAAAAAUCAACGUGUAGUUUUUCCUUUUCCCGAGGCUAAUCAGCUAAUUUAAUUCUGAACUACACCCUGGCUCCUACCCCAACUCUGUGGCUGAAGUAACUGUGGAGUUUGCUGCUUCCAAAGUUUCACAUUCAGGGAAGAAAUAUGGGAUGUAUAAAAUCAAAAAGAAAAGAGACUCUGCAUGGAGAUGGGCUAGAAUUGAAGAACCAAUCAGUACGUAAAACUGAACGAACUAUUUAUGUGAGGGAUCCAACGUCCAAUAAACAGCAAAGGCCAGGAAAUACAGAAAUGCACCUUUUACCAGGGCAGAGAUUCUGUAAAGAAGACGUGGAGGAGCAUGGGGACAUUGUAGUAGCCUUGUAUCCAUAUGAUGGAAUUCAUGAAGAUGACUUGUCCUUCAAGAAAGGAGAAAAAAUGAAAGUUCUUGAGGAGCUUGGAGAAUGGUGGAGAGCUAAAUCUCUCUCAACAAAGAAAGAAGGCUUCAUUCCAAGCAACUACGUAGCAAAAGUAAACACCUUGGAAACAGAAGAGUGGUUCUUCAAAGAUAUAACCAGGAAAGAUGCAGAGAGACAGCUUCUAGCACCAGGAAACAAUCCUGGAGCAUUCCUUAUCAGAGAAAGUGAAACAUUAAAAGGCAGUUAUUCUCUCUCCAUCAGGGACUAUGAUCCACAGCAUGGUGAUGUUGUUAAGCACUACAAAAUAAGGAGUCUAGACAAUGGAGGAUAUUACAUCUCUCCAAGGAUUACAUUUUCCACCAUCAACGAUAUGAUCAAACAUUACCAAAAACAGUCAGAUGGUUUAUGCAGAAAGCUGGAAAAAGCAUGUGUUAGUCCAAAACCCCAAAAACCUUGGGAUAAAGAUGCCUGGGAGAUUUCACGGAAAUCAAUUAAAUUACUGAAGAAACUUGGAGCUGGUCAGUUUGGAGAAGUUUGGAUGGGUUACUAUAAUAAUAGUACAAAAGUGGCUGUGAAGACUCUGAAGCCUGGAACUAUGUCUGUGCAAGCAUUCAUGGAGGAAGCCAACCUCAUGAAAACACUUCAGCAUGACAAGUUAGUGAGGCUAUAUGCUGUAGUCAGCAAAGAGGAACCUAUCUAUAUUAUAACAGAAUUCAUGGCAAAAGGCAGUCUGCUGGAUUUUCUGAAGAGUGAUGAAGGAAGUAAAUUACUGCUUCCAAAACUAAUUGACUUCUCAGCUCAGAUUGCAGAGGGAAUGGCAUACAUAGAAAGGAAAAACUAUAUUCAUAGAGAUCUGAGAGCAGCUAACGUUCUGGUUUCGGAGUCCCUGAUGUGCAAAAUUGCUGAUUUUGGACUAGCCAGAGUAAUUGAAGAUAAUGAAUAUACAGCACGGGAAGGUGCAAAAUUCCCUAUUAAAUGGACAGCACCAGAAGCAAUUAACUUUGGUUCCUUUACUAUUAAGUCUGACGUGUGGUCCUUUGGAAUUCUUCUGUAUGAAAUUGUUACCUUUGGAAAAAUCCCUUAUCCAGUGGGCCAGUGCAGUCGCUGCUUUGGUUCCUAUCAGCUGGAGCUGUCUACCCACCAUAGAUUUUGUUAUGGACUCUCCUACCUCUACAUGAGAUGAAGGCAACUGGCAUUCUUCAUACCUGCAGGAGUUACACAAAGGCACUUACAAUGGAGCUGGAACUUGAAUCCAGGUCCUUUUAUAUGACAGCCCCAAGCCUCCGCCUCUGUACUACACUGCCUUUUGAAGUACAUGUGCGGAAUGAACUAGUCACAUAUGUUAGACUAUUAGCAUAGAAACUGUGUAAUGAAAGGGGCAGGGACAAUAGAAAGAGCUGGAUGUGUGAUUAAAGGAAUGGGCUAGGAUGUGAGACCUAGGAUCUGUUCCAGCCUCUACUGUGAUGGUGGGCAAGUCACAAAAACCAUAUAAUUAGAUGAUGGCUACUUUCAGAGCCCCACCUUCAAUGUUGAGAGGCAUAGCUGAAGGUUGUUUUUUAUUUGUUUUUUUUUUUUAAAAAAAAGCUAAACCAUUGAACAGCCCUUGGUUCUAGUCUUGUGCAACUUUGUCCAAGAUUCCUCAAUUCCCCAUUUUUGACUCAUGAGCUUACUGCAGGUUGCUUACAGUUCAGGAGACAAUUUGGGCAAGUUUAGCAUAGAGACUUUUGAGGCUCUUAGAGAGCCCUUAGUUUCAUUCACCUGGUUGUCUGCAGUUGGAAAAGUAGCAGGAAGAGCCAUAGUGGGAUGUUUGGGGAGGCUGCAGGGUGGGGGAGCCAUUUUGUGUUUGUGUAACAUAGUUCCCCAGGUUGGAUCUGACUCUCCUGAGUUGUAGAGUGAAGGGGAAAGCGAGCUCUGCCAGUCACUUUCCUCACCCCCAAAUUGCAGCUUCUUGAAGGACAUAUGUAGUGCUAAGCCAGGGCCAGCUCAGUCCAUGCCCCAUGCAUAAAGCCUUAAAGGAUGGAUGCAAAAAAAAAAAAAUAGGUGCCUAGGAGGCAGUCAGGCACAACUUGAGCCAGAAAGGGGAGCUGAGAGUAGGGAAAUGAUGCAUGCCAUCAUGCAUUCACAGCUCUGACCCUUAAAAGAGAGGGAAAUAUUUUUUGGGGACACUAUGUAGACAUAUGUAGAGGAGCUAGUGGUGUACUUGAUGUGAUAAUUUAGGUCACAUCUCUGCACUUCCUGAGCAGUAGAUGUGAGGAGAAGGAGAACCCUGCCAUCUCUUUCCCAAAACCUGCUGCACCAUACACAGACAUGGAGGAUCUGAGUGUGGGUAGGGUUGGUGCCCUGAUGGGAAAGGGUACGGAGCUCCACUUGUCCCCCACCCUACCUCCUUGUGGGAGAAAGGAUUGCACCAGUAAGGGAGAGGCAUAGCCAAACUCCCCUUUGUAUCUAUUGGUACCUCCAGUUGCUAACUAUGGGACCCUGAGGAGUACCUAGUCCUCUUACUCAGUCAUGCUCCCCUCAGUAAUUCCAUUUUCUCAAACUCCAAGGGAAAUCCACAUGCAAGACUUAGUUAAGCCUUGUGCCGUGUUAGCAAAAGGGAGCUGAGGGUGGUUCUGCAAAGUCUAGGGUAUUGUCUUUGAGACAUUCCACCAUGGGAGAGCUGUGUACAGGGGCUCAGCCAUACCCUGUGGUCUUCCAGAUUGGGGUAGUUUAAUUCCCAAAAUAAAAUGUCAGUCCAGCCACAGGGAAAGAUAUGGCUUUGUGGUGACCUUAAUUCCAUCCCUUUACAUAUAGCAACUGAGACUAAAAGUAUCUCGCCCUCCCUAACUCAACCUGCCAUUUACUAUAGCCCAGACAAAUUCUGACUCAGCACUUCCACUCAGACAGUUCAGAUGACCCUUGGUGUAGCAAACAGUGUAUUACAGGGAAGUUCUGUGGCCUGGAGUAUGCAGCAUAAAGACUGGAUGAGUACCAUCAACACUGCAGAGCUUAGAAUCUGAACUGCUCUUUGGAGUACAGGCCUUUGGUCAGUAGACCCUGAAGAGAAAAUAAUAAGGUACUGCGAUCUCCCUCAUGCGCAGAGGUUAAGGUUAUAUCAGAGUGUCACCUUAAAAAGAUUAUCAUUCACUGCUCUGCAGGAGUCACUUCUGGGGACUUAUUUGUGGGAUAAUACCCUGGUAUCAAAUUCCAAAGCUAUGGCCAUUAGAGAACUCCACUAGAGUUGUCCUGAGUGGUAGAAGGGAGUUCACCCCACCCACCUCAGUUCCUUCUCCCACUCUUGAGCCUUCUGCUGUUAUACAGAAUGCUGAAGCACAGGGGAAGGUGGGCCACUUAUGUGAAUGCAAAGAACAGUUACAAGUUAGUAACCUUUUUCUGCUCUAAAAGCCUCUCUGUAUUCCCACUUGAGCAGCUGGAGAGCAGGCAAGAAAUUCUUAGCUAAAUACCAACUGUAGCACCAGAUUCCAACACUGGGCCUUGAACCACAAUGGUUGGGGAGACUUAUGGAGGGUACAGCAGCUCUCCUAACCUGAGUCUCUAAACCAGAGACUAGUAGUUUGCUAGGUAAGAUUUAACAGUGUUCAACAUUUCCUAUUCCAAUGAGGUUGUUUGGCAGUCGGGUCUCCCUAUUUGUAAAACGGGAAGAAAUGAUAAUUUAAGAGCAACAAGGGACAGAUGUCACAAGGGGAACUUAGAGGCUUAUGUCCCCCAGUUCGGCACCAGUGGCAUUCACAAAAUCUGUCCAGCUGCUUUGCAACACUGUACACACUUAAGUUUCCAGUAUUAAGUCACAGGGGGAGCCAGGCCUACAAAGAGUGUCUUAAGUCUUGACACCAAACAGCUCACUUAGGCUUAGACAGACCUAAGUUAAUAUUAGGAUCCACAUGCUAAGCAUGUCUCUUGUCUUUGGCCAUGAUCUAGGAGGCAUGCUUUAAGUAGAAGGGGGGGCCCUGUUUAACCUAGUGAUGAAAGCACUCAUCCAGGUUGUGGGAAUCCCAGUUUCAACUGCAUGCUCUGCUUGAAGCAGAGAAGGGAUUUGAAAGGUGCCCUAUUCAGUGGGUUACGGUAUAAUUUGCCACUGUGUACGAUUUAAACCAACAAGGGCCCUGGAAAUUGAGCUUCCCAUAGAAGUGCCCUCCACACUUGGCUACAGAAUCCCUCCUACUUGGCCUGGCCUAAAUCUUCCUUGUGAAUCCCACCCUAAACCUUGAGCAGGUAAAGACCAAGCACCUAUAAAGGUAUGUAGAUGAAGUUCCCUGGAGUUGAGUAAGGUUGCCAGAAAAAACAGAUUGAGAAAGGUGGAUCUCAGACUACCUUAGUCAUGAAGAGACUUGUGUGGCAGUUUUUAAUGCUAAAGAGGUAGAGUGGCCAUCGAGCCCUAAACUCACUCACCUUCAGAAUAGAUGCAAAUGCUAGGAGGAAGGUUAUUUUGAUUAAUAUGCUUGAGACGUUCAAGCCAGAGGCUCAUAAGGGUCCAGUAACUUUGUUAGGGCAAGACUGAGAUCCCAUGAUGGCUAGUGAGACUAUCUGUGCCAAAGGGGGGCCCUAAUGCUGGCACUGAGGUCUUUGCUGGAGCUGGUCUUGCAGCUUUCAAAAAAGGGUUUUCAAGAAUUCCUAUAGACAAAGCUACAUGAGUAACUGAAGGUGGCCGUACAUAUCUUUCCAUGAUGUGUAGGUUUGAGGCAAGAAGAGAUCUGGUGUCCUGAGGUAGAGUGAGGUAGCUUCCAAGUAUAAAGAGGUUGAAGGUACCCUGAAGUGGUUUAAAUUGGAAGCAGAGGAGCAGGUACAGGUAGUGGAAAAGUAUGUGGCAGGGUGCCUAGCAGCCUGACUGCGGGAUGGAAAUCUACCGAAGGUGUCACUAGGAUCCAAACCAGUGAGACCAAGUCUGUCACCGUUGAGCAUCCAGUGCUGAAGAAGUACAGAGAUGAAGUUACAGUGGUGCUAUCUGAGAGGCCCCAUGGGUCUGGGUGUACAGAAGAGAAAGAAUGUAAAACAGAAGAAAGAGGGAACACCUCCUCUGGGGAAAUGUGUUAUUACACAAUUAAACAUCUAGCCUGGUGAUGAGGUACUAAGAAAGGCAGCUUCAGAAUUGGUGUGUCAGUACUAGGUGAGUAGGCACUCUGGUUACUACCUGUGGCACCAAGGCUUCCGAACUUCAAAAGACUGUGCCAGUUUGUACAAGGUGGCUUUCGAUUUAACCAAUAUCAGAUUGUGCAGGGUGAGGGAUUGUCUUGCAGAUUAGGGCUAAAGAGAUUCUCAUUGAGCCCAUGGUCAAAAGUGGUGCUGAGACCAGACUGCUUGCAUAUUUAUACCCGCCUCUGGAAAUUUCCACUACAUGCAUCUGACGAAGUAGGUAUUCACCCACAAAAGCUUAUGCUCCACUACGUCUGUUAGUCUAUAAGGUGCCGCAGGACUCUCUGCUGCUUUUACAGAUCCAGAUUAACAGAUCUAGUCCUCUGAUACACAGGACCUAAGAGAUCUCUUACCAGACUGGUAAAGUAAGCUCUGCACAGAGGCAGAUGUUGGUAUCAUCAAUGGGCCCAAUGGAAGAUCAGUCUGUAGGCAGAGGAGUCUCUCCCCCCACUAGAUGCAGGGAGUAAAGGUGUCUAAAAAAACGGUACAUAAGAUUACUGAGUGAUCUAAACAUGGGAUUCUGUCUCCAGUAUUAUCAGUGGGUAAGAGGUGCACCUCUUGAAGGCCUUAGGGGUUUCAGACUGGACAUAAUCCAGGUAAAGGACUAAAGUCUCCUGUGACAGUGGAAGGGCUGCUUACACUAAACUAGCCUAUGAUACUCCAAGCUAUUUACAAAGCCAAAAGCUAGGCUUGAGAAAAAUAUAGGCCCAAGGAUCCAAAGGUGUAUUCCCUUCACUCUCUGGAAGGAGCAAUGGCCAUGGGGGCAAGGGGUGUAUUCCUUAAGUAGAAUAACGUACCUCCCUUGUGAAAGAGAUUGUAUGACACAGCUUUUCAAAGUAGUUACAGAGCCUGACAUGUCACAGUGCACAAGCUGUGACUACAGAGAGGGCCUUGAGGCAGAACCCUCUAUUUCCUGGUUGUCCAACAUUUGGAUUUUUGGAAGCAACUCAUGUUCCGGAAAGGCAUGAGGAACAGAGAGCACUAUUUACAACCUUAACCCUACAUUAAUGGAUUUUUGCAUGUUAGUUUAUGUUUAAGCUCUGUGAGGCAGAGCCUGUCCUACUAUGUAUAUGCACAGCAUCUAUUUGCUAGCUUUAAUUAAAAAAAAAGUAAAACUUGCAUUGCCCCACUUACAUUAAUUUAGUAUGAGUUUUUGGG